AUGGGAGGUCAAGACCCGUCCAUCGGCGCCGUGGACCUAGGUGUCAAGGAAACAUACAACAACCUCUGGCUAAAGACGAGGUCAGCUCUCAAGUAUAUUUAUACACGAUAUCUCAGCGACUACGACUGGUUUAUGAAGGCUGAUGAUGACACAUACGUGGUGGUUGAGAACCUCAAGUACUUGCUCAGUUCGUACGACACAAGUAAACCCUGUGUCCUCGGCUCUCGCUUCUACACUGGGUACUUCAAGGCCGGCUACAUGACAGGAGGUGCCGGCUACGCCCUGAGUCGCGCUGCCGUCAGAGUGUUCGUGGAGAAGGCGCUGCCGGACCGAGAGAAGUGUCCUCUCACCUGGAAGAAAACCGGCUUUCCUUGCGAGGACGUCGCUCUCGCUAAGUGUUUGUCGGAGAUGGGCGUGAAGUUCAUAGACACACGCGACGACAAGGGCCGAGGGCGCUUCUUCCAGCAACCCCUACGAGCAGCCCUCACGGACCCAAAGGCGUUGCUGGGCAGGCCCUUCUACAAGGUCACAACGGGCCUGAACUGCUGCUCGGACACAGCUGUAACGUUCCACGACCUGAGCGCCAGUGACCUGUACAUGUUCGAUUAUCUGAUAUACGAAUUACGUCCUUAUGGCGCCAUGAACAAUGUCAAGUUCCCUCCUCCAGUGGCGACCGGGAGCUAACCCCUAAGUGGCCAAGCGCGGUCUUGGGAGCAGAAGCUACUUUGUGAAUAUCAACUCGUGUUUCAGAAAGUAUAGGAUGCAUUUUUUUGUGACUUUUGCCUCAUGCAUUCAGAUAAUAUAUGAUAAAAUUAUCAAUAUCACCUAAAAAGUGUUUUCUCAUCUGGUUCCUCUUAUCAACAUUCUCGCUUAGCAGUGUGGCUCACCUGCGUUCAG